AUGUCUGUCACCAGCGGCACGUCCAGCAGGCCUCUGAUCCGCAAGCCGGCCCCCCAUGAGGCCGUCUUCUGUAGCGUCUGCAGCAGGAGGUUCCCCAGCUUCGAGGAGCUGAUGGGACACAAGCGCAUGGCGAUGCUGACCGAGGGAACCCACAUCCACUGCGCCGUGUGCACCCGCGACUUCAACAGCCAGGACGCCCUGAACAAGCAUCUUCUGGAGGCACACCCGCAGGAGCAGAACCUCACCUGCCCAGGCUGUCAGAAGAAGUUUGUCCGGUUGGCUGGAUGGAUGAGACAUCUCGAGCACAACGAGUGCCCUAGGAUUCGCCGCGCAGACGUCGACCAGAUCCGCGCACAGAAGCUCACCUUCUCCCACGAGCUCGAUAAGCGCAGCGGCUCCCAGUUCGGAGACUACUUCCCCGUGUCCCACCCCAGCGUCCAGUCCGCCUUCGAGGCGCAAUCCAACCUUGAUGCCAUGUCCACCGUGGACGCGCAGUCCGAGUUCGAAGACAAGGCCUACAUGGCUCAUCCGUCCUUCUUCAAGCCCAACGACUUUCCCAACGUGAAGGAGGUCACCGAGAGCCUGGAUAGCAUUCAGCAAUCGGAUAAUGGCAAAGAGAAAGUGGACGACGUGAACAAUCCGUCUCACCGGCUCUUUGACCCCAGAAAGUACUACAAUACCCUCACGCACAAGUACAAGUGUCCUCAGCCGUCCUGCAAGAAGACUUUUCCCAGCAGCGGCGCCCUCAUCACCCACAUGAAGUCGGCGGCCUCGCACUAUAAUGCCAAGCUGCAGUGCCCCGGCUGUCUGCGCUACUUCAGGGAUGCGUCGUCCUUGACCGCCCACUCCGAGUCGGAGUCGACCCGGUGCAGCAUCCGCAAGUCCGAAAACUACCGCGCCUACCUCGACCAGCUCACCGGAGGCAUGGCGGACCUCGGCAACAAGCACGAGGACGGCACUAUUAAGUAUGAGGUCAGCACGGAGGCCGUCGUCAAGUUUGCUCCGUCUCGGAUGGCCAGGACGGCCACGGAGGACUACAUGGCACAACAGGAGGCCGACCGUCAGGAGGAAUGGGCUCGCAACAAUAUCGUCUGGUAG